UUAAUUUUGUGUAAAAUUCCAAGUUUAUUAUCAAAAUCCUAAACAAAUAUUAAAUUACUAAGGAUGCUGGUUUGACCACCAUUGAUUAUUUACUUAAGCCAUGUUGCAAUGUGAACAUUUCACGUAAUUCUUAUUGGUAAAGUGGUGGAUGAAAAAUGAACUGUAUAAAAACGGAAUCUGACGAAUUAAUAUGCCGCGGCUGCCUCAGCACGGACCGCCGGCUCUCUCCUUUAGCGGACUAUGACAUGUUUCUUAGUUUAUUGGUCGAAAAACAGAGGACGGAGGCAUUGAGUAAGCCAUACAUACUUAUAUGUUGGGAAUGUAAUGCAACUUUGAGAAGAUUCCAGUUGUUCCGAGGCCAGGUGCGGCGGGCCCACACGGCUCUUGAAGAAUCAACACAUGCAAUAAAAAACACAUUAUCCUGUCUCAGCAUUAGAACUAAAGAUAAGUAUGAUGCUUGUUUCGAAGACAGUCAAGUUCUACACGAAAACCCUUAUUUUAUAACUCCCUCUCUAGAGUCCAUCAAACAUGAAUCACCGAGAAAUGAAACAGACACAGACAAUGAUAACAUCAAAGUCGAAAAAGCUAUUGAUCUUAGUGAUAAGAUAAUAAAUGUUCCCCCUAAAAAAAGAAAAAUAAAAAAUAAAACUAUAGAAAAGAAGAAAAGAAAAGUAAAAUCCGAAGAACCUUUAGUAAAUUUGAAAGUUGAAAAAAGUAAAAAGAAAAGCAAAAAAGAUAAAAUUAAACAAGUAGAAAUCGAAGUUUGUAAUGUGAAUGAAAAUCAAGACAAAGUAGAAGUAAAAGUGGAAAGAGUUAGUGAUGCAGAAGAGAAUUGGACGCAAAAUGCUUUUGACGACGAACCGCAUAUAACAGAUGAUGAUGAUGACUCAGACUAUGGCAAAGAAGCGAAAAAACGAUAUAAGAAGAAACCCUUAACAUUCAAAAAAACAAUGAUGGAUUAUAGUGAAGAUGUAUCAAAGUAUUUUACGGAGGUUGAGAUGAGUGAAGAUAUGAGGUGUGUUUUGGAGAAGGAAGAUGAGGUUGAGAGUAAGGUGAAGCCGUACCGAUGUGAGUUUUGUGGAUUCAGUUAUAAACAGAUGAAAUCUUUGAAGGCUCAUGUCAAUCAUAGACAUAGAAAGGUAAAGCACAAAGACCACAUUAAAAAGGAAGCAGACGGGACACACAAUCGUUACCUCUACCGCUGCUGCUACUGCGACAGAAUGGUGCGGAAGGAGCACACACAGGCGCACCUGCGGCAGUACCACAGGCGCAGGUACCAGUGUCUGGGCUGCAGCUGGUCCGAGGCUUGCUUCUGGAACAAAAAAGAUCAUACGUACCACUGGCAGACGGUGCACGCGACGCUAGUGUGCGACAUCUGCCGGAAGACCAGGCGAAACACGCACGACAUGGAGCGCCACAUGAGAGACAGUCAUCUCCCAAUAAAGUGUCCGCAGUGUCAGCGCAUGUACUCCAAGUGGAAGUAUUACCGUCAGCACCAGAAGAUGGCGCACCCAGUGCUGGCGCUCGAACCGCCAGAAUCCAGGUACUGCGUGGAGUGCGACAUGCAGUUUCCUUCCAUCAUGGCCUACAAGAUGCAUGUUAUGAACCAGCACCGCAAUACGCCCAAGAAAAGAUGGCCGUGCCCGGCGUGCAACAAGACACUCAACAACAAGGACACCAUGAAGAAACACUACGCCCUGUUCCACAGCGACAAGACCAGCUAUCAGUGCCCACACUGCGGCAAGUACUUGUCCUCUAAGUGCUCACUCACUCACCACCUCAACUCGCACCUCAACAUCAAGCUACCCAAGGACAAGCUGUGCUCCAUCUGCGGCCGCGGUUUCUCGACGAAGCGCAUGCUCCGGUUCCACACGUACACGCACACGGGCGAGCGGCCGUACGCGUGCGCGCACUGCCCCGCCGCCUUCACGCAGCCCAACCCGCUGCGGGUGCACGCGAGGAAGCUGCACCCGCAUCUGCCGCUCAACGUGCAGCCGCAGAAACUCCAGCAAUAAAUUAUUU